AUGUUAGAACGAUUGUUGGAACUUCGUUCAGCUGUAGUUGUCAUUAUGUCUGAUCGGACACUUUUUAAUAGUAAGAUCGCGAAAGAUCAAGAAUUACUAGAAGAAGACUGGGAAAAAAUAGAAAUACUUGUUACUUUAUUGAAACCAUUAAAAACAGCAACAACAGUUUUAUGUGCUGAUCAAAAUGUCACUAUAUCAAUGGUUUUACCAAUUGUUAAAAGUCUUAUUGUAAAACAUUAUAAACCCAAUAAUCUAGAUAGUAGGUUUUCAACUCUAUUCAAAGAGACCAUUAUUCACGAAUUAUUAACACGUUUUUCUAGAAAUUAG